UCUGCAUGGAAAUGUGACUUUUUCUUUGUCAUUCCCAGAUUAAGAAGCUGUUCCCCAACAUGCUCAUGAAGCUGCGGGUCUCACCUUCUUCGGCCCCGUCUCUGACCAUCUCCCCUGAAACCCUGUCGCUGACUCCUUUGGUUGAUAUCCAGGCAUUCGCGAUUCUCCCUAAUUCCUCCCUGGCUCCCCUCUUUCUGAUUGGGGUGUCAACCACAGUUUCAGCCAAAGUUGCUGUCAACUCUACUAGGAUCUUUGGGACACUGAAACUUGACAGGUUGACAUUCUCCUUAAAGCAUUCAGACAUUGGGAUCUUCUCGGUACAGAUAAUGGAAUCCCUCAUGAACUUCCUUGCAGCCAGCAUCCUAAUUCCUCAGAUGAACGCCCGUCUGGCUGAGGGGUUCCCCCUCCCGCUCCUGGAUCAACUGCAGCUCUCCGACCCCGUCCUCCAGACUCACCAGGACUUCCUGCUCUUUGCCUCAGACGUGCACUACAGACAGAGAAGAUGCUGAGAACAGACAGAGGGAAAGAGGAGCGAACGGAGCAAUAUUAACCCCACCUCGGUUGCGCUGGGAGUUCAAUUCGGAUUCUACGGAAAAUUCUCCAGGAACGGCUCUUUUAGCACUGAAUUCCCCAACCUGCAGCCCUCCAGAAACGUUGGGCGACAAUUCCCACAGUCUCUUGAGGCUUCGUGGAAGUUGUUAUCCCACGCGUCUGGAGGGCACCGGGUGGGGAAGGGUACUUCAGUGGCCAUUUUCUUCGCGGUAUUUCAAUGACGUCCAUGUCUUCCCUCCCCGCCCUGCCCUUUCACCUCUUCUGCAAGGUGACUCGAGCUCCAAGAAUCCCCCACUUGCAAGCUGACGGAGUUACGAGGAGGAACCCCUGGUGCUUUUCUGGGGUGCUGUCCCCGGAAACAGACGGGAGUAGCGUUGGAUGGAGCAAAGCCAGAUGUGUGUUUGCCCAGGCUUAAGCCAUUUGCACCUUUUGACAACUUUAAAAAAACAGCAACAGUUGGAGACACAGAGUGCAGGCAUUGCUCCGGGAUAGCAUUUCUCCUCUCGUUCCGCACCAGAUGGCAGCUGACCCGCCACGUGAAGGUGGAUUUUGCGCCUCAAGUUGGAAAAGAGCCCCCCAGAAGCCAGCCAGGGAACUGAGCCGGUAGCAGGCUCCCGGAGUGGACUUGCAAGGCCCUUCAGGGCGCCCGGAGAGCUUCAGGGCCACCUGGUCCAACCAGGGCAGGGCACCAGCUGCAGCGGCCGGGACAGCCGCUCCUCAGCCCAGGAGGGAGGCUGGGGGGGGCGCUGAGGCCUGGCAGGCUUGCUUGGAGCAGC